AAUGGUAGUGGAUUCUUCUCCGGUGGAAGCUUGAAAUUUGAUGCUACCUUGUGAUGGAAUGUAGCAUAGUGUUCUUUUAUUGUGAUUGCUUGAAAUGAGACAUUCACUAAUUAGUGCUAUUUUCAUUGAAUAAAAAAAGUACAAGCAUUAUGGGCAUUCAAGGACUAUUGCCACUGCUAAGAGACAUUGAGAGAAAGACAUCCGUCAGUGAGUUUCAUGGAAAAACUGUUGGUAUUGAUGGAUAUUGUUGGCUUCAUAAAGGUGUCUAUGGUUGUGCUAAAGACAUCGUGGAGGGUAAAAAGACGAAAGGGUAUAUAAAUUAUGUCAUUAGAAGACUGAAUAUGCUGAUCAAUUAUAACAUCACGCCCGUCAUGGUGUUUGAUGGUGGCUAUCUUCCUGCUAAAGCAUCUAAAGAAAAAGAAAGGAGAAAUCUACGGCAAGAAAAUUUAAAGAAAGCUAAAGCAUUUCUAAGGGCUGGGAAUGUUUCUCAAGCAAAUGAUUUCUUUCAAAGAUGUGUUGAAAUAACUCCUAUGAUGGCAACCGAAGUGAUCCAGGCUUGUCGACAGAAGGAAGUUCUUUGCAUAGUUGCCCCUUAUGAAGCUGAUGCUCAGUUGGCCUACCUGGAAAUGCAAGGAAUCACACAAUUCACCAUCACCGAAGAUUCAGAUCUUUUGAUUUACGGUUGUAAAAAGGUUUUAUUUAAAAUGAAUGGCGAUGGGGAUGGUAUUUUUAUCGACCUUGCUCAGUUGAACAAAGUGAAGAAAGUCGCAUUAGAAUCAUUCACACUGGAGAAGUUUCGCCACAUGUGCAUUCUUUCAGGUUGUGAUUAUCUGCCCUCUGUCAAGGGACUUGGACUUCAUAAGGCACAUAAAUUUCUCUUAAGAAGUACCACUGCAUACAAGGCAAUACAGUUAAUCAAGCAAAGCAAAUUUAGCGUUCCUGAUGAUUAUGCGGACGAUUUCCGUAAGGCUGAUGCUGUCUUUAAGUAUCAGUCGGUCUUUGAUCCAAGAAGCAAACAAAUUGUGCGCUUAAAUGAAGUCUCAGAAACAGAUGACGUCACAGAGGAGGAACUGUCGUAUGCUGGACCUAAAAUGGAUAAAGAGAAGGCUGUGAAGAUUGCUCUUGGAAAUCUUGAUCCAAUUACAGGAGAAACACUUGCAGACUUUGAAGACUUUGUUAAAGCAAAAUCAUCGAAAGAAGUUGCAAAGAAAGUACAAACGUUCAUAGAAGAACCAAAGAAACAUAAGGAUCCAAAUUUACAUUAUUCCCUUGAUGGGAAUAAAUCUGAGGAUAGUUGUGAUGAAACAAGGUUAGAGAAAAGGUAUACUGCAAACAGUGAAAGUGAUUCUGGUGAUGAAGCAGGAACAUUUUCAGGCAAAUUAAAGCAUUUUUUAUCCAAAAAAGACGAUGACACAUCUCCUCCUGAAAAAAGCCUUCAGAAGAUAAGCUUCUACGAAAAGCAGAGCCCACAGGUUUCUCUUGGCAUUCUCUAUGAUGAUCGAAACAGGAAGGUACCAACCGCAUCAAGGUACGGACAUCACAGUGUUUUUGUUAAACGGAAACAACACAAAUUUAAAAAUCCCUUCCGUGUUCAUGAGGACAACGAAAAAGAAGAGAAUGCAACAAAAAGCAGUAGAUACUUUAGCUCAUGCAGUGAUCGAAAAGAGAACGAUUCUAUAUCAACGAAUAAUUAUGAGCAAUCGAACAUACAGGACGAAAAUGACGUAAUAAUGGAGAACUGCGGAAAUAUGGAAUCCCCACCUGAUUCUAAGAGAGUGAAGUACAGCAUGGUAGACUACCUGGAUUCGCAAUCAAAGAAAUCCCUUAAAACCGAGGCCUUCAGACUUUCAGACGGUGAUUUUCCCCUAAACCCACCUGAAGAAGAGUUGACAAAGUCCAACGUCGUUUCGAUCAACAGUAGAAAAAUUCCCAGCAGCAAGGAUGAGCUUCCUCGCCUACCAGCAUUGCCUUUUGAGAUCGAUAACACAUGCGAAGGCUCUAGUGAUGCAGACAAGCGAAGUACUGCCCAAAUUUCUUUAACAAAGUUUUUAUACACAAAAAAUACAGAGCAAGGACUCAACACAAGAAAAUCGCUUUUUAAAACGCAAAAGAGUUUCAAUGAAGAUAGCUUUACAGACGGAAAUAGAUCAAGCCAAGAUUUGAGUCAAAGCUCAAAUGAAUGUUCACAGGAAGUGACUGUUAGCAAGAGAAACAGUUUAGGACAAGAGACUUUGCAUUUAUCGCAGUUAUAUGUAGAUGAUAAAGAAGAGAGAGAAAACACAUGCAGCUCUGCCAGUUUUGAGGUAGAUGAAGUAAUGUCGCAGAAGCGGUCUGUCACUCAUCUGGAAACCAGAAGCCUGUCAGAGCCAAUACUGAAAUCAUCCAACCGUUCGGUUUUGGGGAGAUGCAAGACCGUUGGGUUAUCAAGAAAAUCAAAAUCCUCUCUUGAUCAUAUCAAGAAAGACAAAUCAGGUUUACAGCAGUCUAAGAUAUCUUUUGACCGAUUUGCGUUUCCAAAAAAGAAAAUUUAAUGUAAGAAAAAAGACUCACGGGAUGCUAUUGUUUGUACUUCAAAUUGAUGUCUUACAACAGAUUUUUGAAAAACAAUAUUUUAAACUGGUGAAAAUUGUAAAUAUAUUUUUUACAUGUAGUGUUUCUAUUUUGUUUUUUAACCAUCUUGCAUUCGUUUUAUAAAACGGCAAAUUUGCAGGAAGAUGGCCUCGAUUUUCCAAGCAGUUCACAAAUUCGCUUCCUUUUUAAGUGGAAGGUAGUUCUACAACGAAUCUUAUGCUGUUUUGAAACUUGUUUUAUUGCCUUGAAUUUUGACGUUUUAGUAUGGUUUUUGUAUCUAACUUUUGCUAUAUUUUGCGACCUAGCGUAUGCAAGACCCCUAUAACACUGAAAACCUAUUUCAGAUAUCUUUAACGAUAGCCUUCUGUUCCGCUGAUAAUUCCAAAGAUGCUAUGGAAACGCCUUAGUUAUUUGUCCGCCAACGGUAAAGCAGAAGUAAAAAGUUAAAAAAGUUUGAUAAUCUGAUAUUUUAUCUAUUAAUUCAAUAAUUGUUUAAAUUAGAAGGAGUUUGUAAAUAAAUUUGGGUCGCAUUUGCUACUCUGUUUUAAA